UCAUCGACAAAGAUUUAGCUUGUAACAAAAUUUCUACAAUAUGUACAUUUCUUGGAGUCUUAUUGUACUCUAUCAGUCCAUUUCAUCGUUCCUAGUGCACAGAUCCGAAGGUGCUGUGAUUGAGAUACCCACGAAUUCUGCAAGGAGGGUUACUGCAAGAAUCUACCAGAGAGUGUUCCUAGAGUGCUCUGUAUUCAGCGAUCAAGAAGGUGUGACAGAUAUCGAUUGGUAUCGCUGCUCUACCAAUGAUUGCGAUGGUAAAUGGAACAAAAAUUGGAUAGCGCAAGUUCAAAAUAUGAGAAAUACAGAUGUCGUUAACUCAAGCUUUGAAGUUUACACUAACGGAACAUUAGUUAUUGAGAGGGUUCUUCCAGUGGAUGAUGAAAAAUUAUUCAUCUGUGUUGCCCAUAGAAAGCAUGUGGAGAGAAAACAAUCCAACACGAUCAUCAGUGUUGCCAAAGAAAAGCCACAGUUAAUAUUAGAGAGUUCUACAACGCUUCAUGUAAUGGAAGGAAAGGACCUUCAUUUGAAUGCUAGGGUCCAAGGCUAUCCUUUCCCCAGGGUUACUUGGAGUCAUCAUGGGCAUCUCCUUAAGGAUACGUCGAAUGUCCAUUCGGAAACAAGUCUUAAAAUUCCCAACGUCAAGGUAUCUGAACGCGGACUGUACACCUGUUACGCCGAGAAUCCAUUCGGAAAUGAUUCCCUCAUCGUAAACGUUCGUGUUGAAGGUCAGCCGAAGACGACGACAACAGAAUCAGAUCAACCGCUGACAACAACCACAGAAUCAGAUCAACCGGUGACAGCAGCCACAGAAUCAGAUCAGCCGGUGACAGCAGCCACAGAAUCAGAUCAGCCUGUGACAAAAACCACAGAAUCAGGGGGCUCAAGUUCCACCGGCGGGUUCAUUGCUGCAAUAGUGUUCGCUGUUCUGUUGUCCGUCGUCUUAAUAAUCUUCUGCCUUCCAAUUAAAUAUCGUAGAGCAAUUAUAGUGCAGUUGAAGGGUCUCCUUCGGAGAUGCGUAUCUAGAAGAUAGUCAGUAGAGCUCUUAAUUACGACGAAUUAUUUGCUGCCAUUUUGUGAGUAUUUUUAAGGAAAGUGUAAAAAUGCAUUGAUUUUCCUGUCUAUACUUGGUAAUUUGAUCAUUUGCUUUCUUCUUUAUCCCUUUUCACGAAGAAGAGUACAAAUAACGUGCGAGUUGCGAACAAAUCUGCAAUGGAUGAUAGGGCCGAGUGAAGUACAAUUCGUAUGAGUAAUAGGACUUCUUGCAAUCAAAAAAUUCUUCUGACAGCCAAAUUGGACUCGGCCUACGGCCUCCUUCAGGUUUGGCUGUCCCCGAAUUUUUUCCCAUCCAACUAUUUCUAAAAUUGGACAAGCAUAUAGUUCUCUUACCUAUGGUGGAGCUAUGUAGCUAGUCAGUUGUAAUCGGGCAUUGCUUAGUCUAGCUAUUAUUCUUUAGUUUUAUAAAACUACCACAGCGAAAGCCAAGAGGAAAAAGCAACUUCUUUCCUUGGUUAGUCUCUUUCACAGCAGUUGUUUGGUGGAAUAAAGCUUAUCAGCGCGUUGCGUGACGAGUCCAAACAACGGUCACGAAAUAUAGAAGUACGUGUCGAUUAAAAGUUUAUCUCUAUCCUUAAGCUUCUCUAAACGAUUGCAAAACUUUGUAACUUCUAUCAUUUUUGUUGUUUACGCGUCAGAGAAUGCACGCCGGAAAGUAUAACGGCAUCGCUACAAAUAUUAACCCCGACGCGUGUCUGAUUGGUUGUAAUUAUUUUUUUCUCGAAAGGUCACUCUGUUGUUUCACAAAUGAUUUUAUUUUAUUCAAAUUUGAGUUCAUGGAAAAAAAGUCGAAUUUCAAAUACCUAAUACGACAUUACUGAGAUUAAGAUCCACGUUUACGUGAAUGGCAAACGGCAUGCAAAAAUCGAAAUUUCGCCAACUAGCUUUUGCCUUGCAGCCCUUAAUUUGCAUAAUAAUGUGAAAUUAUUUACAUUAAAUUUGAAUGAGAUAUUUUUCCAUUUUUAUCUACGAAAAACUCCUUUUUAGUAGUGACAAGAAGAUGGAGCGAGAUCAGAAUUAGAUCUCAUGACGAGCUUUGCCCACCAAAAAAAUUUA